GCAAACUGUCUAAGCGCAGGCUCCUUCAUGUAGUUUGUUUUGAGCGAGUCCCCCUCAGCUCCCUUCUUGACCCGGCAUGAUAGAUACGGAGACCUGCGGCGCUGAUAUAUCAAUGACGUUGUCAUCCAACCAAGUCCACGAUAUAAAUGCCGGAUGACAGCCUACUUCCAGAGAAAUCAACAUAUCGCAGUUUCUCACCUAGUAUCUGCCGUAACACCCAUUGAUAAGGGGACAUCCUACGAGAAUGCCGAUGACUCUAGAAGGUAGCUGCCAAUGCGGCGGCAUUGAGUUCUCUCUCCAGUCCUCAACCCCAGUCCCCUACCAGCUCUGCGCCUGCAGCAUCUGCCGUAAGGUAGGCGGAUAUAUUGGCAGCGUCAACCUCGGCGGGAUUGCCGACACUUUGGAGAUCAAGAAGGGAAAGGAUUUAAUUAGGAAAUAUUCCGCGAUCAAGGCCCGCGGCACUCCGCAGGAGGAGGUCUGCUCAUCGGAGCGGAACUUCUGCUCCAACUGCAGCACUAUGCUGUGGUUGUGGGAUAAGCACUGGCCGGAAUUGAUUCAUCCAUUCGCCUCGGCGAUUGAUACCGAAUUGCCGGUGCCCGAUGAAAUGGUCUGCAUCAUGGCCGGGUCGAAGCCGAGUUGGGCGCGGUGGCCCGAGGGGAAGAAGCAGGUGCACGAGGAAUAUUCCGGUGACAGCUUAGAGGGGUGGCACAAGAAACAUAAUUUGUUCUACGAAUGAGAGACUGCAGUUACACGAAGUGGCGGGAGAUGUGUUUAAGAGAUAGUAAGAUUGGAAAAUAUUGUCGUUUUCUUUCAUUUUUUAUUUUCUAAAGUUGUACUGAAAUCGGGCAUAGGGCACCUGGAUGAGAUAUUAGCAAUGGGAACAGCAAAAUAUCUCAUACACAUUCGUGUGAGGCCCAAAAAUCAGUUCUCCAAGG